CAAACACAAGCUGGAGGAACAAUGGCCAGAUUACAGCUAAUCCUGAGUGUGCUGUUCAUGUGUGUGAGUGUGUGUGUGUGUAAAGAAGUGAUGUAUGGUCAGGUUCAGUCUCCACUGUAUCCAAAGCCGUACCCCAACAAUGAACGUAGGCAGUGGGAUCUGGAGGUUCCACGUGGUUAUCAACUUCAGAUAACCUUCAAUUACCUGGAGAUUGAACCAUCAAUUAACUGCUACUAUGACUCUCUUACGGUUCUGCAUGGAAAGAAAGUUUUGGGAAAGUUCUGUGGCCAAAAUUCCACGGAUUCCCAUCACCCUGGCAACAAGCCCAUUGUGUCCCCUAGCAACCGUCUCCAGCUGGUGUUUGUGACGGAUGACUCAAACACAGAAAUGCACCAGUAUCUCGGGUUCUCCGCCUUUUACCAGGCUGUUGACAUAGAUGAAUGCUCAUCUACUGAUUCAGAUGAUUCAGAAUCUUCUUGCACUCAGAUUUGUCUCAACACUUUGGGCUCAUACCUGUGUGCCUGUUACCAUGGUUACCAGAUACAAGCAGAUGGGCGUACCUGUGUUUUGGACUGUGGUGGAGGAGUUUUUACAGAACCUGAGGGAGUUCUGUCGAGUCCUGGAUACCCGAACGCUGCUCCUCUCAGAGUGAGCUGCUUGUACACUGUAUCUGUUCAGCCUGGGUACCAAAUAACUCUUAACUUCAGCGACAACUUCCACAUAGAGCAGAUUGAUGUACAGGGACCAUCCUGCCUCUUCCACUGGCUACAGGUGUCUGUUCCCGGGAAACCCCCAGAAAAGCUUUGUGGAGAUAAAAGUCCUGGAAUCAUACACACCGGCUCACACACUGUGGAUCUGCAGUUUCACACUGAUGGACAUGGACAGAGUGGGGGGUUUAGCCUUCGCUACACAACUCAGAGAGUGGAGUGUAAAAUAGAAGGAAAAAUCCAGAAUGGGCGGAUCACUCCUGAAUUCUUAAGAUAUUCCUACAGAGAUUACAUUCAUGUCCGCUGUGACACCGGAUACAAACUCAUGAUGGGUGAGACGGAAAUUAAGAGUUAUAAAUCCAUGUGUCAGGAGAAUGGGAGGUGGCAUUUACCUUUACCUGAGUGCAGGAUUAUUGACUGUGGAGAACCGAAGAGUUUAGUGAACGGUAAAUUUGAAUUUGUGUCUGGUUCAGACAACAAGUACAAGUCUGUUGUGCAGUAUCAGUGUAACCACCCCUUCUACUCUUUAAUGGAAUCUAGCGAAGUAAACCACACCUGCGCUGCUGAUCGCAAAUGGACAGGAGAGAAAAAUGACAUAUUGCCUCUCUGUAUCCCAGUGUGUGGCCGUCCUGCUGUAGAUUUUGCUGGUUUGGGGAGGAUUUUAGGAGGUGAGGAAGCGAAAGAGAACUCGUUUCCCUGGCAGGUGUUUCUAAUAGCUGAAGGAAGAGGAGGAGCGAUUGUGAUUGGAGAGAAAUGGCUUCUCACUGCAGCUCACAAUCUGGACAAAAUAAAACAGUCCGAAGAAGUAAAGGUGUAUGUUGGGAGCAACAGAGUGAGCAACUAUUUUAAAGACAGCAACACAGACUCGAUGUUUCCUAUUGAAUCGUUACACGUCCACCCAGGAUAUAAAAGCCCAGAUUUUAAUAAUGAUAUUGCACUAAUUAAGCUGGCGUCACCCAUCACCUUUAAUGCGAGAGUAAUGCCGGUGUGUCUUCCUUCUCAGGACAAUAAACUUAAUACAUUUGGGUGGGUUUCUGGAUUUGGAGUGACGGAGCAUAUCACCACUGCUGAUAAUCUCAGAUACAUCCGUCUUCCCAUUGUGGAUCAACAAGUAUGUCAAGCAUCCAUUGAGGAAGCGAGAAGGAUACACAGUGGUGUGUCCGCUCUGACAGAGAACAUGUUCUGUGCCGGACUUCCUGAGGGAGGGAAGGACACGUGUCAGGGAGACAGUGGCUCUGGGUUUGUCAUGAAAAAUGAUGAUGUGUUUUACGCAGCGGGAAUCGUUAGCUGGGGAAUCGACUGUGGAAAACCAGGAAGAUACGGCGUGUACACUCAUGUAGCUCGAUACACUGACUGGAUCCAAAAAACCAUGAUGGAAUGACUGGGCACAAUGUUUUAAUAUCUCUAAGAAUGUUUUGCUAAGUGCUGUCACUUCAUGGAAAAAUAAAUACAAUAUUUUACCAUCAUAA